CUUAUCAGCUUUAUUGAUAAAUGCUUGGUGCGUUCCAAAAAUAUUACCCAGUUAAAAUUCUUUCCUGAAAAAUUUCAUGAGAUUAAAAAAGAAAAGAAAAAAAACAAUCAUGCUUUUUGUUUCACUUUUAUUUGGAUGCAGAAAAAAUAUAACAUUGUUAACUGCCUGUUUUUCUAUAAAGUUUUGUUAUUAAAGUUUUAGAGAUCUUUUCUCAGUUUAAAAAAGUGAUGUCAUCGACGUUUUGUGCACAAGAAAUUGAAGAAAAUAAAAUCAAUGAAAGCAAAGAAGCUCUUUCACGUCAAAAAUCACUUGAAGCAUAUGAAAAUGCAGUGAAAGGAGAACUAAGUAAGCAACCUGCAAAUCCUAUUUUUAGCGCCAAUGAUGGUUCAGCGGUUUUCCUACCAAAAAAUGCUUUUUCUUAUACUAAAAACUGUAACAUUACAAACAAACCAAAGCCACUAUUAUUUCCAAAACCAAGAAAUAGACAACACGUAAAUAUUAAUGAAAAAGUCAACCUAGCUGGAAAUGUUCAGCAUUCAGGAGUAAAGAUUGAUUCUAAACCAAUAAACAUUGACACACCCACCCAAAUUUCAAAUGAUUCUCCGACAAUUAACAAUCCUAAUGAUUCCUCCAAAAACAAAAUUCAUAGCUUAGAAGACUAUAUUAAGUUGGAAGUGACUGAAACUGGUCCCCCUCCGUUGCCAUCCCGUCCUCCUCCUGUAUUUAAGUAUCCACCAGGAACAUUUUGCAAAGAACAGGAUUUGAAUGAAGCAACGAAAGAACAUCAAAUCAGAUCCUCACAGAACAAGUUUUGCCAAUCUGAUCAAUUAGAUGUAAAUGGUGGUAAAAUUGCUGAGAAUCAAGGAAAUAAACCUUUGCCUGAAUUAGGUGUAGAGGCAAAACAUUGUACCAUGAAAAGUUUUUCGGAAGAAACUAACUCAUUGGGAAUUCAAAAAAAAUUAAUUAGUGCUUUAGUUGAAACAGAAGAAACUAUGAAACCUACACCAACUGCUGAACCAGAAGCUAAUACUAGAAAAAGUAUUCCUAAUGUCGUCUUUAAGAAAAGACCAAUAAAUAUCCCAUUAGCGUCACACGAAAAUAAACCCCCACAACCAUUACCACGACCAGAAUUAUACAACAAAAAAGAAAAGACAUCAGUUCCGUUAGACAUUAACAAGUCAGAAAAAUUAUCACCUGCAGUAAAUAUGGAAUUGCAGACAGACUUUAUUCCUAAACCAAAGGCACAAGUUAUGAGCGUUCCUUGUAAAACUAACAGUUUAUUUCAUCAACGCCUUGAACAAAUAUUGAUUGAACAAAGAAUACGUGAACAAGAAUGUCUUAAUCCUGUUAAUAGUUUAAAGCAACUGUUGGAUGGAAGAUUGGCUGAUGAAGUGGAUGUGAGUCAGUCAACAAUUCAUGAAAAUAUUUCAUCGGCAAGAAAGAUGAGUAUAGAGAAUAAAUCUGAAACUGAUGAAAGUUUUAUACCAAAGACUGAGAAAUCUUUCAAGUCUAAAGUUGAAAAUAUAAGAAUAGAUCCUUCAUCAGCUGAACUAAGAGAUGAAUUAGACAAGAUGGAUUUAAAUCAAGACAUCGUUGCAGAUUUUAGUGCUUUUCAUUCUUUGAAUCGACCAACAUUGCCUCAAAAAAUAAAGUCAACUCAAAGAUCAUUGUCUUAUACAAGUUUAGUGCAAACAGUGAAAGAUAUCAGUACAACAAUUUGGAAUCCUUCAGAUAAAAGUAAAAGAAACUCAACAGGAAUGGCCACAAAAGUAACGGAUCCGGUGGUGAUCAGAAAAAAUGAAGCAGAAAAUUUUGCAUCAGAUGGUAAAUUCUUGGANAACCAAAAAAGUUAG